AUGCUGCCGGCCCAGGACGGGCCGGAUGCACUAGCAUCCUUAAAAAAUACGGAGCAGCUGUAUAAAAACUACAUGGGCAUGUACAAUAGCGCUGUGCCCGAACUGGACGAGCUCGCGGCGCUGCGCACGCACUUAGAUUUUCUGCGCAACGACGCAGACGCGCGUUUGAAUGCACUGCUGACGGAGCGCGGCCACCAGCCGCGCACGAAUACAUCCAACGCCACGGUAUACAAGAAUGAAGAGAAUGCAGGCCUCAGUGUAUACGAUACUGAACAAGAAUGGUCACACACGAAUGGGACAGUAAGCCAUACCUACGGAAGGGGCCCGCGGCGGCAGACCGCACACAGUUCUCCCGCAGAGAUGACCAGCAGCGAUCUCGAUACGGACAUGGACGAGCCCAGCAAGCCUGGCGCGUCCGUGCGGACGGGCCUUGGCGUGAAGUUGCGCAUCCAAGCGCAUGAUCCUGCUCACGUAAAACAGCCUCCCACCGAAGCCGUCACGCUGCGCCCACGCCCGCAUGUGGUGGAUGUAGACGAGACGUUUGUGGACGACUCGAAGUUUAGCUGGGAUAUACCUGCCGACGUGCACGCCGCGGCUCUUCCUCAACUCGAGCCGAGGCGCGGAACAAGGCCGUGCCCGACGCACCCAUUCGACGUUCACGACGACUUUGCCAACAAAGACUGGCGGGAUCGUGAUACGCAGAGCAUGGGCUCACCUGCGCCUGGACAGAGCAUCACGAAAGAUGCGAGUCGCAGUCGGCAAGGCAAAGACGCGACGCAAGUUCCGGCCACAACAUUUUACAAUUAUGCGGACGCCUACUUCAAGCCCGUCACCGAAGACGACCUUGCGUGGCUCUCGAGUAAGGCUGAUGACCCAUACCCCUUUCAGUUCCCUGAUCUCGGCACGCCGUACCGUAAAGUAUGGGGAAAAGAAGACGCAGAACUGCUCGGAGAGCUCAAUACCGUCGACGGCAGCGCGCAAAACGACCCAGCCAAGGCGCGGGCGCGGGCGCUCGUAGGCAAUGCAGUCCAUGACGACGAUGUGCCGCUUGCGCAUGCGCUUCUUUCGGACACAAAUCCAGCCUGCUCAUUUACACUCCGGGAGCUUGGUGACCGGCAAAUGUACAAUCGCACAGCAUGGUGCGGCCCCCUAACGGAGCGACUCGCUUCGUCCAUUCUUGUCACCGACGACGACAGUUCCUUAGAAGGCGCAGCCUACGCCGAUACUGCGCUGGUCUUGGAGCCGCCGCCGGACACACACAAGACCAUGGCCGAGGUAGAGUCCCAGGCGCGGCAGGAGCUCGAGGCGGUGGGUCUGCUCGAGCCUGGGAUUCGCAUUCCUUGGGAAGAGCACGCUGAUAGCUCCAUCUCCAGCGCCUUGCGGCAGGCACAAGAGCUGCUUCAGAAACAGACCCGCAUGAACGAACAGCGCAAGGCACGUCUCUUUCGCAUUGCACAGGAUCGGAUGGCGUUCCAAGACUACCAGGCAUGCUUACAGGCCAUCGAUCGCGAAAUUGAAGCAAAUUGGACCAAGCGACAGCGACAAAUCAAAGCGAGUAUGGGCAAGAAGCGCAAAGGGCACGAUCCGAACGGCACUGUGCCGACUGAAGCCGCCGGGCCAAGCAAGCCGCAGCUCCCCGACACGCUGCAAGCAAUGCUUGCGCGGCGUCGAAAGCUCAAAGAGGCGUUUAAGCCCAUGUUUGCCGCAAUUCCACACUCAUUCAAGGCGCCGCGAGAAAGUAUAUACCAGGGGUUGGAUAUGUAG